GAGCAGAGCAGUGUGAGAAGAGAAAGGUAAAACAUCAAACGUUACAGUGUGGCGGUGAGUCUACGUCACUACCCUCAAUCACUCAACGUUUUAUUAACCCUCUCCUUCUUCCUCUCAUUCAUUCUCAUUCUUCUCUCUCUCUUUCUCUCGUCGGUGGGGUUAGGAUUCAAGAUCCAAUGAAUCCCCUCUCACUCUCACUCUUUUUCCUCGUCACUACCCUCGCCACCACCGUCAGAUCCGACUCCUCCGACCACCGCUACAAGGACGGCGACCCCGUCCCCCUCUACGCCAACAAGGUCGGCCCCUUCCACAACCCCAGCGAGACCUACCGCUACUUCGACCUCCCCUUCUGCCUCCCAGGGCACUUGAAGGAGAAGAAGGAGGCGCUGGGCGAGGUGCUGAAUGGGGACCGUUUGGUGAGCGCGCCGUACCAGCUGGAAUUCCAGCGCGACAAGGAGGCCAUCUCCGUGUGCAAGAAGACGCUGAGCAAAGACGAGGUUGCCCGGUUCAGAUCGGCGGUGCGGAAGGACUACUACUUCCAGAUGUACUACGACGACCUCCCCAUUUGGGGCUUCAUCGGGAAGGUCGACAAGGACGGCAGGGACCCCAGCGACUACCGCUACUUCCUCUACAAGCACGUCCACUUCGACGUCUUCUACAACAAGGACCGCGUCAUCGAGAUCAACGUCCGCACCGACCCCAACGCCCUCGUCGAUCUCACCGACGACGCCGAGGUCCACGCCGAGUUCCUUUACACCGUCAAGUGGAAGGAGACCAACACGCCCUUCGACAAGCGCAUGGACAAGUACUCCCAGUCCUCCUCGCUGCCGCACCAUCUCGAAAUCCACUGGUUCUCCAUCAUCAACUCCUGCGUCACCGUCCUGCUCUUGACUGGCUUCCUCGCCACCAUCCUCAUGCGGGUGCUCAAGAACGAUUUUGUCAAGUAUGCGCAUGAUGAGGAGAUUGCAGAGGAUCAGGAAGAGACUGGAUGGAAAUAUAUCCAUGGGGAUGUGUUUAGGUUUCCCAAGUUUAAGUCUCUGUUUGCGGCUGCACUUGGAUCUGGCACUCAGUUGUUUACUCUUACGGUGUUCAUAUUCAUAUUGGCGCUUGUUGGUGUGUUUUAUCCAUACAAUCGAGGGGCGCUCUUUACUGCACUUGUUGUCAUAUAUGCACUUACUUCAGGAAUUGCCGGAUAUACUGCAACUUCAUUCUAUUGUCAGUUGGAAGGAACAAACUGGGUUAGGAAUCUUCUGUUGACUGGAUGCCUUUUCUGUGGACCUCUGUUUCUGACGUUCUGCUUUCUGAACACUGUUGCAAUUGCUUACAAGGCUACUGCUGCUCUACCAUUUGGGACAAUUGUGGUUAUAGUUCUCAUAUGGACACUUGUUACAUCUCCCUUGCUUGUAUUGGGAGGGAUUGCUGGGAAGAAUAGCAAGGCUGAAUUUCAAGCUCCCUGUCGCACAACUAAAUAUCCAAGGGAGAUUCCACCUCUGCCAUGGUAUCGUGGAACAAUUCCUCAGAUGGCGAUGGCAGGAUUUUUGCCUUUCAGUGCUAUAUACAUUGAACUUUACUAUAUAUUCGCCAGUGUUUGGGGCCACAGGAUUUACACCAUCUACAGCAUCUUGUUCAUUGUCUUCAUCAUUCUUUUGAUUGUUACUGCUUUCAUCACUGUGGCAUUGACAUACUUCCAGCUUGCAGCUGAGGAUCAUGAGUGGUGGUGGAGAUCAUUCCUAUGUGGUGGUUCAACGGGGUUAUUUAUCUAUGCCUACUGUCUGUAUUACUACUAUGCUCGCUCCGACAUGUCUGGAUUCAUGCAGACCUCAUUUUUCUUCGGAUACAUGGCCUGUAUUUGCUAUGGUUUCUUCUUAAUGCUUGGAACUGUUGGAUUCCGUGCUGCUUUGCUCUUUGUCCGUCACAUUUAUCGAUCCAUCAAGUGUGAGUAGGUAUUUUGUCCUCUCAGUCCACUAGAGCUAUUAUUGUCUUCAUUUCAUAGGGCAUUCUGUAGAGAAUUAUAGUAAUUUUGCAGUUCUUCUGUGUACUAUAAGGGAAGCUGGGUUGGGUGGGUUUCUAGCUUCCAGAGCAACUUGUUAGAUGGCAGAGGGUGCUUUUGGGGAUAACGUCUUUGUACUACCAUCUCUUUAACCAAACUUUUGCAAUACUUUUUGAUCCUUUUCAACGUUCUUCAUCAUGUCAAUUUUCAAGCUGUGUCAAAACAAUUAAGUUCUAUAGAAAUUAUGACAAAUCCAAAUUGGAACACAUUUGGGCUGUC